CCUAUGUACAAUAUCUAAUUAACAUACUCAAAUCAAAGAAAAAUCAUCUAGCUAAAUUUGUUCUCUCUUUUUAAUUAUUCAUGAUGCAACAAGCACUUCCUUACAAAUCAUCAUGUUUACCAAUAACACAACGAGUUCAUACAAAUGAUCGUAGCCAAAUAGACAAUCGUGUAAGUACCAGUAAUUCAUCAUUGUACGUUAAAGGUUCGAAAGAGGAGUUGAAUAACGUCGUUAAAGAGAAUGCGGUUAUAGUUGUGGGACGACGAGGUUGUUGUAUGAGCCACGUCGUCAAACGUUUACUUCAUUGUCUCGGAGCCAAUCCUGCUAUUUAUGAAAUCGAAGAAGAGGAUGAAAAUGAGGUUGUUGAUGAGCUGGAGAAAAUUAUUGUCGCCGCCGGGGGUGAUGGUCGGAAAGACGACGGAAAGUUGCAGUUUCCGGCGGUGUUCGUCGGAGGAGAGUUGUUUGGUGGUUUGGAUCGGAUUAUGGCGGCUCAUAUAACCGGCGAGUUGACUCCUGUAUUGAAAAAGGCUGGAGCCUUGUGGCUUUGAGUUUUUUCUCUUUUCUUUUUUUCUUUCUGUUCCAAUUUAUAUGAAAUAAUUUGUAUUUUGGGACAGAGGGAGUAGUAGUUUUCGACUAAUAGUUGAAGUAAAAUUCUUUUCCUUUC